UGCUCAUGCACUUUUUGCAGAGGUCAGAUUUUAACAAGGAUCUCAAAAACAGCCAUUCCAUUACUGCAGUGAUUUGGUCCUUCACUAUGUGGGUGCUCAACGUAUUUAGUAUGCUUCUGGUUGCUGUGGUGUUUCAGACAAUAUCCUGUCAAGGAUUGACUAAUGCUUCUGAUGUAUGCAGACCACUUUCUGAAAUAUGUGGAUUAUCUGGAAAAGGCGAGAAAGGCGAGAAAGGUGAAGCAGGUUUGAGAGGUUCCACGGGACCAAUAGGAAAAAUGGGACCACAAGGAGCGAAGGGAAACAUUGGUCCAAAGGGUGAAAAAGGAGACACUGGUGAACGAGGCAUGCCAGGUGCUCAAGGUUCUGUAGGACAAAAAGGCGCAGCAGGCGAAAAGGGAAAUACCGGUCCAAAGGGUGACACAGGAAACAUGGAUGCUGCUUAUGACAUGAGUCGUGUGAUUGCUUUGGAAAACGAUCUUGCAGACCUGAAAACCGUCAUCGGAUUUGCAAAACAAGCCUUGCAGCUACUUGGUAUCAAGAAGACUACUUCUGGAAAAUAUAUUUACAGUGAUGGGACAAAUUUGCCCUUUUCUGAUGCCGAGGCAUACUGUACAAAUGCUAACAGUGCACUUAUUAAUCCAAAGACACAAGAAGAGAAUAGAGCUGCACAACAAUUUGCUAAGAAAUAUGAUUCACUAGCCUAUCUUGGAGUUAAUGAUAGAAUGAAAGAAGGUACAUUUGUGUAUCAGGAUGGACAGAGAUUGACAUACACAAAUUGGGGAAGUGGUGAACCUAAUAAUUACAAUAAUAAUGAAGACUGUGUGACGGUAUCCACAGAUGGAGAGUGGAAUGAUGUACCAUGUUCUUUACCAUAUGUGGUGGUGUGUGAGUUUUGAAACAGUACAGCACACUGAAGUGUUUUGAAGUUACCUUCCUUUUUUUUGUCUUGGUGGUUUAGUAAGCAUAUUCCAGAACUGAUGAUAUUUCUAGCUCAUCUUUAGCUACAGAAUAUAAAUAAAAAGAACAAUGUGUUAAAGCUAAAAGCAGAACAAAAUGGUUAAAAACAGUCAUCAAACACUUUAACAUAUUUGCUACAACUCACAAACAUUUUGGUUCUAGUUUAUUGAAUGCUAAAUUUUGAAAAAAGUACACAUUUCAUUAAGGCGUCAAAACUAAUCAACAUCUAGUUACAUGAAUCAAGCUCCCCUAAACUAUACACAAUUUUUUAUCUAUCAGUUAGAAGUGAAUGGCAAUUAACAGCUCAAAGAAACCUACAAGAAAAUUUGAAUUGCCUUACAGUUCUCUACUUCCUGGUUUACUGAAUGUAAGAUUUAGAUAUAAAGUACAGUUGUGUCUCCAUUUACCAUAAUUGUAGAUUUUCAAUUAGAUCAAUGCUACAGUACUAAUUAUUGGGUCUUCCUGCCAUGACUAUCAGUGUCUUUUUUACCACCCCCCCAGCUGGUGGGCAUCCACUGCAGACCAAUAUCUGGAAGUUGUGAUAUAAAAAGGGUGUCAUCCAGCACUAUUUUCUGGUAUAUCUUGUCCACACUGAGAUGUUCAAUUGUCCUUAGGUGGAGCACAACUUUCUGAAAUUUCCUAACUAUUAUGCAGGGACCCAGCCCUAAGGGAAAGGAAUGGAAGGAGGUGAGAAUGAUGAAUGUGAUGAUGGAUCACAUCCCAGUCUGAGGUAUAAAGAGCAAGAGAGUGGAAGGAAGGAUGGUGGGAAAGGGUACUUAAUCACUGAUCUCGUUAAAAAAAGACAAUGGGAAUGGAAAUCUUUGUAGAGAAUCUGCUUUCCACAAAGAAAAGGCAAUUAUUAAUGUCUGUAUACAUGAAUAAGUAUUAUUCACAAGGAAAAGAGAAAAAUGUGACAGAUGAGGUAGUUAUCUGAGGCUUCUGAAAUCUCUAGCAAUUCGAGUCGACAGGCAGAAUGAUGAUGUUAAGAAUGCAUUGCGGAGUAUCGGACUACAAGGCAAGGAAGAACCAAUGAUGGCACUGUCAGGUGCCCUUUCUAUAGCCUGUUGUUCAGACAUCAGUCUGCAACAGAUGUCUGCCAGCUGUAGAUUGAUGAAAAGACUCUGGUAUUCAGGCUGUCUGCAAGCUUCUGAAGAGCAGAAAGACCCACAAAUUACUGCUACAACAUUGACUACAAUGGACUUAUACUGUUAAUAAGGAACACACACAGCUGUGCAAUGUGUUACCAGUGAUUUCUCUACUUCUUAUGUAGUAUUUUGUCGGGUGCAACACAGUGACAUAGUCACAACAGACACAUAUGUUCCCUAAAAGUUACACUUCGUGGAAUCAGCCCUCAUUUGUUUUACUAUGCAAUGGUCUCAUAUUUAACAGCAGUUUAGCCAUUCAUUUUUUUUAUGUCAUCAUUUAGUUGUUUCUCUUGCUGUGAGGCUCCCAUACAGCUGAUCAAGUUGAAAUUGUUCGAGUUUCAGUUGCCUGAAGCAAAUGAUGUCAAGGACCAUAAUGUUAAUCACUGUUUUCCUUAGGGAUUCAUUGCCAGUGUGAUUUCUAAGUGUGGACUGACAAUGAUCCAUUUCUUUUGGGAGAUUUCUCCCUUCAUUUACAUGGUGCAGCCAUGGAGUUGGUAUAUAUACACAGUAUUGGAGGUUUGGGGGAUAUCCCCCUGCAAAAAAUGUUUGAAGAUAACUUUGCUCCCUUCUAUGUUACAUGCAUUAUUUUUGACAUUUUUAAUGUUUGUGGUUUUACAGUGCAAUGAUCCAUAGUAAAGCCAUAGAAAUGGAUGCUUUUAUCAAAGGCAGGAUACGGGACUUUGUCCAUUGUCUAACUACAAAGGAUGGGUCAUGUGUUCAGUCUUUCAUGUCAAGGGCACUGCUUUGCAUUAUUAAACUAAUAAAACCCAAAUAUAGGAGCUACAAUUCUGCAGAAUAUGUUGGUAAUUUGUUAAACGCUGGUGUCGUGUGGAAGUAUGGAGUAAAAAAUGGUAGUUUUCAAAUGCAAAAUACUAAUGAAAACCGGUAGUAAUACAAUCAGUGCAUAAAUCUAGCAAUGUGGUGCAAGGGAUUUGAUCCAAAAUGCAAAAUGCCAAGUCCCACAUUUUAUGAUAGUCAGAUAAUUCAUAUUUUUGAGAAAAACCUGAAUUUCAUUUUUAUUAAAAUGGAAAAAAUAUACCCUAUUCAUGAUGUAUAGUGGACAAACCAAAAUAUCAUAGUAUGUAGUUGAGUGCUUUCACAGUGUUCUGGUUAACUUAUGCAUUACAAUAUUAUAUAAUAAAAGUAGUCUCCGCAAUGGUUUAUAUAGUUA